UAUAAAGUGCAUACUUAAAUAAGUAAUUACUUUCUAUUGUCAAGUGUUGAACUUUUAAGACGGUUAAAGGAAUUCCUGUUAUCAUAAUUUGUUUCUCGAUCUGUUCGACUGGGUGAAGUACUCAAAAGCUAAUUGUUUAGUCAAGUAAAUGUUAUUUAAUUUCUAUUCAGCUGUAACUGGUGUGUUGGAAUUUUGUAGUUUAAAUUUAGAACUUUACAUUUAUAUACCAGCUGUACUGGUAACUAAUUUUGCUUUUGAGCAUAACUUCCGUGGUUAAUAUUUCGAAUUAUCACGGACCUAUCCUAAUAGACAUUCCCGCAGUGUAUUCUGGUAACUGAAUUGUUACAAUGGACAGUUAAAACAUUUUUUGGGCCAGGAACCAGUUUCUAUUCCGUUACAACCGUAAUCUGUCUGAAAUUGCUAGGUGUUUUGGAGUAAAUCAUGUGCACGAUGAUCCGGCUACUCUCAGGGACAGGGGCUGAGAGACUGGACUGUACAUUCCUCAGAAAUGCUUUUGGUGUGUUUGCUGGAUAGAGUCAAAUCCGCAGUGUUUGGUUCUGUACAGUAGUAUACGAAGAACCAAACUGCUUUAGUGACUACGUAUGCAUAUAAAGUUUUUUUUUAAGGAAUAAAGUAUAGUUUUGAAACUUUGAUAAAGGGUAGUCAGCCGAGACAAGCCACAUGCUUUAGACGGUGGGGGUGGGGAGUGAGGCUGCGCUUGCGUAUUGGCUGCAGAGCGGCGGCUGACGUCACGUGGUGCUCGGAGAAGCUGAGUGGCGGGGCCGGGAGGAGAGGAGAAAGCAGACAGAAGAGCAGGAGAAAGGCAAAGAAAGCGAGGGAGCCUAGGCCUGGCCAUAAUACCGUACGAAAGGGCCACCGCGGAGAGACCCAGAAAACAAUCAAAUCUGAACAUCUUCCGCAUCAUGUCCGCUGCACAGGUGUCUUCGUCCCGGAGACAGUCGUGUUAUCUCUGCGAUCUGCCUCGCAUGCCGUGGGCCAUGAUCUGGGAUUUUACUGAGCCCGUCUGUCGCGGCUGCGUCAACUACGAAGGGGCCGAUCGCAUCGAGUUUGUCAUCGAGACGGCGCGCCAACUGAAGCGGGCUCACGGUUUCCAGGAGGGCCGCUCGCCAGGGCCGCCUCCUGUCAAAGUGCAGUCCUUGGGUGGCAGCAAAGAGGCGGCUCAACAGCUCAACCACGUCGACGGCUCGUCCAAAGGGCCCCAGCCGCCUGUCGAUCGCUAUUCUUUGAGCGAGAGACCCCGAUUCGAGUACCCGAGCCUCGCCCAUGCUGGCAGGCUUCCCAAUGGCCUGAGUGGACCCAACGGAUUCCCCAAACCUGAGGACAUUCCGCCGGAACUCAACCGCCAGAGUCCCAAUUCAUCACGAAGAAAUCAUAACAUCGUGCCCCCGGGCCCCGUCACAGUGCCGCCCAACUUGCUGCCGCAGACCACUUUAAACGGUCCGUCCGCAGGAGCUCUGGGUCCACACGGGCUGCUAAGCAGGCCGUCUCCUUCCAGCAGCUUGGCCGGGACAUCGGUGACGGUCAGUAGUCAAGUCCUGAGUGAUGUGAACAAACGGCCAGGCUCAGUGUCCAGCAGUGACCAAGAGAGGGAACUCAAAGAGAAACAGAGAAAUGCCGAGACUCUGGCUGAGCUGGGCGAGAGCUUGAGAAACCGCUCUGAGGACUGGGUCAACAAGCCCAAGAUCGUGCGGGAGACGCUGCUCACCCUAUCCAACUGCAAUCCCUUCGAUGUGCGCUUUAAGAAGGAUCACUCUCUUUUGGGCCGGGUAUUCGCCUUCGACGCCGUCUCCAAGCCCGGCAUGGACUUCGAGCUGAAGAUCUUUAUUGAGUACCCGAGCGGUUCGGCCAAUGUCUUCUCCAGCGCCUCGGGAGUUGCCAAGCAGAUGUACCAGGACUGCAUGAAGGAUUUCAGCAGAGGCCUAUCGUCCGGUUUCAAGUACUUAGAGUAUGAGAAGAAACAUGGCUCGGGAGACUGGCGCUUGCUGGGUGACCUGCUGCCUGAGUCGGUGCGUUUCUUUAAGGAGGUGGUGGGGGCCGAUAUGCUGCCGCAGCCCCAUAUAGACGCCAAUUGCCCCAUUUUACCCACCGCCCUGUGUAAUAUACCCCGGCCCCCGCCCAACAGCUCGAGAACUGGGAUGCGCAAACGCAAAGCGUCUCCUGAACCCGAUUCGGAAACAGGCAGUGUAAAGCUGGAAGAGCGGCAGCAGCAGUGGCUGUCCAACCAAAAUGAAGCCUUAAAGCUUACUAUGGCGGCAUCAGGCAGUUUUGGCUCAAGUGGUGUGGCUCAUGGGGGUUCCGCUCUGCCACCCAACCGGACCACCCCUCCCGAAUGCAGCGCCCAAAAUGGACAGUCGCCCAUGGCUGCCCUCAUGUCCGUGGCCGACACCCUUGGAAAUGCCCACUCUCCAAAGGACAGCAGCAAUUCGGUACAUUCAACCACGAGUACCAGCACUCGGAGGAAUAGCAACAGCCCCGUGUCCCCUGCCUCGGGUGGUGGCCAGCGCCGCAUGGUGUCCAGGAACGGGGAUGCUGCACUGUCCGUUGCACCACCUAACAACCAUCCCAACCCCAGCAUUGACCCCGUUCAUCCCCCAAACAUUCCAGACUCACCAAUGGCCAACAACGGGCCCCUGUGCUGCACCAUUUGUCAUGAACGUUUGGAGGAUACUCACUUUGUGCAAUGCCCAUCAGUGCCCAAUCAUAAAUUCUGUUUCCCAUGUUCUCGGGAAAGCAUUAAGGCGCAGGGGGCAAAUGGAGAAGUUUAUUGCCCCAGUGGAGAAAAAUGCCCUUUAGUAGGUUCGAAUGUCCCUUGGGCAUUCAUGCAAGGAGAGAUUGCUACAAUCUUAGCUGGGGACGUUAAGGUCAAAAAAGAAAGAGACCCAUAAUUUCUUAACUUCAGUAAUUGAAGUAAAAUGUGAAUAAGAACUAAAAGAAAGUUAGUCUUAUGUAUAGACAUUUUUCAUUUCCAUCGUAUGUUUCUAUAUUUUGAAACAAGGUAUGUACUCUUCUUCAUUUGAAGGAUGAACCUGGUUUUGUUUAAAGAAUAUCAGAUAUUAUUGCUUAAUACUGUUUUCACUUAUGGCAGUGUGUUGGCUAGGUACAGAGCAUAGCACUUAGCAAUUAACGCUGCUGGUGUGUUUUUGUAAAUGUAUGCACUUCGCUGAAUUGCCAAGGCCAGUGUUGACGUCUGCAGAAAUGCAAACAAAUUGUUACAAGAAUGGUUACAGUUAGCUAUGUUACGAGCCCUGGAGGUAAUCUCCUACAAAGUGACUUUUUUUAAAAAAAGGUGAGGGGUUCUUUUUAUUAGUUUCCAAGGGCAAAAUAUUUCAUUUUAUGAUUCAGUGACCUGAAUUUUUUAUAAUGUGUUCUUUUGCUUUAUGGAUGCACGAAUGCUUUAAAUAGUAGAGCAAAAUGCUGUACUGUAUAUGACAAAACUGCUCUGUUUGUUCUUUAUACAUUUCUGUAGUAACAGAAGACUGUAAUGUGCCUUGGAACUGAAUAAAUUGUAAUAAAUUCGAUGAAUAAG